AUGGCCGCCAUGCCGCGCAGGAUCUCGCGCCUGGUCCUCCUGACGGGCCUCGUCCUGACCGUCAUCGUCGUCCUGCACUUGAUGCCCUCGUCGCCGUCGCAGUCGUCCCCGCUGUCCCGCUUGUCGUCCGACCCCAAGAAGUUCACCCCGUCCAUCGACUGGACCACCGUCGCGCAGUUCCAUCCCCCGUCCUCCAUCAAGCCGCUGCCGACCGGCGCCCCCAGGAAACUGCCCCGCGUGCAGGCGCCGCCCGACGCCUUCAAGAGCUCGCGCCAGGCGGACGAGCGCAGGGCCGCCGUCCGCAAGGCGUUCAAGCGCAGCUAUGACGCCUACAAGAAGCAUGCCUGGCUGCGGGACGAGCUGAUGCCCGUCUCGGGCGGCUUCAAGGACCCCUUUGGGGGCUGGGCCGCCACCCUCGUCGACUCGCUCGACACCCUCCAUAUCAUGGGCUUCGAGGAGGAGUUUGCAGAGGCGUCGACCGCCGUCUGCGACAUCAAUUGGUCCGACACGCGCGCCGGCGCGGCCAACAUGUUCGAGACGACCAUCCGCCAUCUCGGCGGCCUGCUGAGCGCCUACGACCUCAGCGGCCGCCAGGACCUGCUCGACAAGGCCCGCGAGCUCGGCGAGAUGCUGUACCACGGCUUCGACACGCCGAACCGCAUGCCGGGCUUCUGGUUCAACUUCCAGGAGGCCCUCAGCGGGCAGCUCGUCGCCGGCAUCAACGACCCGUCGGCCUCGCCCGCCUCCCUGUGCGUCGAGUUCACGCGCCUGUCGCAGCUCACCGGCGACCCCAAGUUCUACGACGCCACCGACCGAAUCACCCGAUUCCUCGAGCGCACCCAAAACGAUACCCUCCUGCCGGGCAUGUGGCCCACGGUGCUCGACUUCCAGAACCAGCGCGCCCGCGACAGCAGGUUCACGCUCGGCGCCCUCGCCGACUCGCUCUACGAGUACCUGCCCAAGAUGCACGCCCUGCUCGGCGGCGUCGACGACACGUACGAGCGCCUCUACCGCGCCGCUAUGGACACGGCCGCCUCGCACCUGCUCUUCCGCCCCAUGCUGCCCGACCAGCGCGACGUGCUCUUCAGCGGCGACUGGCACGCCAACGCGGCCGAGAAGCUCAUCCCCGAGAGCCAGCACCUCACGUGCUUCGUCGGCGGCAUGUUCGGGCUCGGCGGCCGCCUCUUCGAGAUCGACGAGCACGUCUCCCUCGGCGAGCGCCUCGCCCGCGGCUGCGGCUGGGCCUACUCGAGCUUCCCCACGGGCGUCAUGCCCGAGAUCUUCAACCUCAUCCCCUGCAAGACGCUCGAGCCCUGCGAGUGGGACGAGGAGCGCUGGCGCAAGAACGCAGACACCUCCCUGGCCAAGGGCUUCGCCAACGCGCGCGACCCCCAGUACCAGCUCCGCCCGGAGGCCAUCGAGAGCAUCUUCAUCCUCUACCGCAUCACGGGCAAGACGGAGCUUCAGGACAUUGCCUGGCAGAUGUUCCAGGCCAUCAUGCGCUCCACCGAGACGGACCUGGCCAACUCGGCCAUUGCCGACGUAAGGGCCAAGGGCGAGACCAAGAAGGUGGACUCCAUGGAGAGCUUCUGGAUGGCCGAGACGCUCAAGUACUUUUACCUCAUCUUCUCCCCGCCCGACGUCAUCGGCCUGGACGACUACGUGCUCAACACGGAGGCGCACCCCCUGCGACGACCGACCUGA